AUGAUAGGUACACCUUUGUUAAUCGUGAUAGUCGCCACUUAUUGUCAGUAUACAUUGCAAUAUCCAGAAUUAAACAACUUAAAAACACAAUAUUCACCUAAUUUUGAAAUAUUAGCGUUUCCUUGUAAUCAAUUUGGAUUGUUCUGCUUUUUGCCAAAAACAUCGACAAUUGAUGCUAUAUUAUAUUUGUUACAUAACCUGACAACUAAUCUUAAUAAACAAUCGCCGGAAGACACCGUCCUAAUCACAUUUGUUAUGGAGAAAGCCAUUGAUAAAGUUCCCUAUCAAAUAAUCAAUUCUCGUUUAUCAGUGUUAGGCCUAUCUCAAACAGCCCUACCAUGGUUUACGAACUACCUGUCCAAUCGUUUCCAGCAAACCUAUGACACUGGACGUCGAGAUCAAACAAACUUAAAAAUUGGACAACUGCUGUUACUAAAACAAAUGAUGAACAAAAAUUUAAAGAAAUUUUCACCCAAAUAUCACGGUCCUUUCAAAGUUAUUCAACAAUCAGGGCGUUUAAAUUACAAGGUGAAACAUGUUAAUGAUGGUCAUGAAGAACAAAUGAGCGGGGCGCUUCAUCUUGUACCGUGGGAGAAUAUGUUGGCGCUGGAGUUAAAUGCUGCUCAACCUCGUCGAUUGUUGGCCGCUGUUGAUUCGAUGCGUGAGAUAUUGCACGUGCGUUAUGGUUGUGUAGCAGUGCUGAAUCGUAAUCCGGAGGAAAUUGAGGCCAAAAUUAGUUUUGAUGAUAUGAAAAAGCGUGAACAAGAUUUUUUUAUAAAACACAGUGAUGCAUUUCAUCAUGUUUAA